AUGCUACUAAAUGAGUCUGUAAUUGAAAGUCUGCCGAAGGGAACUUUAUCCAGGGUUGCGUAUCAUUUUUCCGUAGGAAAAAGGUCAGUUGAGCGCCUUUGGCAUGCUGCUAAGUUAGCUAUUCGAAAUGGUGUUCCGGUUGACGUUUCAUCAAAAAUGGUGAAAAAGAUUGGUCGUAAGAAGAUUCAAAUCGAUUUUGAAAUGAUGAAAUCCAUUCCUUAUAGUCGCCGAACAAAUAUAAGAUCCACAACGAAGGCGUUGGACAUGUCAAAAACAACAGUGCAUAGAAGAGUCAAAGAAGGAAGCAUUAAAGCGCAUUCAAAUGCUAUGAAACCAGGUCUUAAACUGAGUACAAAGAUACCUAGGUUGAAACACUGUCUUUCCAUGGUCGAUGAAAGCUUAUCCCCAGCAAAAUUUCAUGCCAUGUAUAACCGUAUCCACAUCGAUGAGAAAUGGUUUUAUAUGUCUAAGACGUUGCAAAAAUAUUAUCUUCAUCCACUAGAAGAAGAGCCUCUUCGUACAUGUCAUAGCAAGCGAUUUCUUCCAAAAAUUAUGUUUCUAUCCGCUGUGGCUCUUCCUAGAUUUGAUGCAGCUGGAAAUGUUAUUUUUGAUGGGAAAAUUGGAAUACGGGCAUUUGUUUUUAUGGUGGCUGCACAGAGAACAAGCAAAAACCGGGUAGCUGGAACUAUAGAGAUGAGACCAAUGAAAUCGGUCACGAAAAUAGUUACUCGUUCAUUUUUAAUCGAAAAACUACUACCUGCAAUCAAACAAAAAUGGCCACAUGACGGUAGCACAAUCUUUGUUCAACAGGACAACGCGAAGCCUCAUAUAAGUAUCACAGAUAGGGAGUUUUGUGAAGCCGUUCGACAAUCAGGUAUGGACGUUCAAAUGUGUUUUCAACCAGCAAAUAGUCCUGAUUUAAAUACCAAUGAUCUUGGGUUUUUUAGAUCAAUUAACGAACACCAACACGUAUAUGCUCCAAACACUGUGCUUGAAUUAGUCAGGGGUGUGGGAAAAGCUUAUGAUGAAUACUCACCUGAUUUACUAAACAGAAUUUUUCUGACAUUGCAAACAUGCAUGGUUGAAAUCAUGAAAAGAGGAGGAAAUAAUUAUCAUAUCCCACAUAUGAACAAAGAAAGAUUAAUUAGAUUGAAUCAACUGCCGACUUGCAUCGAGUGUGAAGAUGAAGUUUUAAACGCAGGAAAAGAAGCACUUCAAGCACUCAUUCAAAAAGUGAAUGAAGCAAGACGUCUAGCGAAUUAA